AUGCUGCUGGAUGCACUGGCAAGCGCGCUGUGGUCACAACCAAACCUGGAGCGGCCAAGCUGUUGCGCUCCUCGCGAUGCCAACCAUCGAGGACCUGAGAUGCUCCUCGCACGCGGUGGGCGUGGAGGGGAGCUGCUUGGUGCCUCAGAGGCCACUUGCCCGGGCGGAGCACCUUGUCACGACGUGCGGGCAUGCACGGAGCUCCAAUUCGGGCCCGUUGAAGAUGAGGUAACUCUCCAUGAUCAUUGGAGAUCCGAGGAUACCAAGACGCGCGAGCAAAGCGCGAGAACAAGCGUAUGGGGCGUGGUUGAAGGCGAUGAAGAGGAGGAGGAAAAUGAAGAAAGGUCUGGCACUGUUGUCGGAACACGGACAACUAGAACGACCAGAACCUUGAAGACUCCAGACAUGCGCAAAGGGAUCGACCACAAAGUGCAUCAGGAGUCAACCAAGAGCACCUCCCUACCUGCUGAAAGCCUAGCGAGCACCGCGAAGGGCAGCAGGGUGAAUUGGAAUCAGGACGAAGUGGAGGACACGAGUCCGAAGACACCGAAGACACCUAAUUCAGGUCAUCGCAGUAUGACCAGCAGGAGCUCCCGAAGCUCCUACAGCAACCUGUCCGAGAACGCCCGGAGGGCUGCGGCCACGCGUGCGGCCAUGGCUCAACUCCAUAUCGACCUCGAGGAUCCCGACGGCCAGUCGGAGGGGCGCUCUGCCGGGGGAGGCAGCGUCUUGGCGCGGGCCGCCAGCGCGGUCUCGCGGAUGCUUCGGGCCGGAUCCUCGCUGUCCAGCAUGCUGGGUGCGACCUCCCGGACCACGCAGCGAAUGCCGACGCUGACGUCCAUUAGCCAGCGGCGGACCCUGGCUUCGAUGGUGUCCUUCCGUCUGAACUCCCCACAGCUCCUCCGGGCCACCAGGGCUUACAAGCCACUGGUCAAUCUUGGAGCCGUCUUGCGGGAUCGCAGGUCCACGCGGGUGGGCUUCGGGAGAUCCCUGAUCGGUCAGGCCAUGGCGUCCGCCGAGAACGUCGUCCGCCACACAGAGUCCUUUGAUGACUACAUGUUGAGCUUCCAGACCCGAGAGAUCGACCAGUUCUGGUCCCACAGCUGGCGAGCGAACACCUUUCUGAAGGUGAUGGUGCUGCUGCUCUACUACAACCAGGCGCCGGCAGCCUUCUUCAGCAUCCUCAGUGGCGGUGUGGGGAUGGCUCUGCGAGCCCUGCACAUCUUGCCGUAUUUCGUGAAGCUGGAGUCUGCCGUGGUGGGUGGGACCUAUCUCUAUGCGGCCUGGACAUCCAUCUUUGGCCUCACGGCUUUUCUUUCGGUCCUCUUUCUCUGGCGGCCCAAGCAGAGGGUGUUUCUGGACAAGGUUUGCAUCCACCAGAAGGACCCUGUGCUCAAAAAGGAAGGGGUGGAGAGCAUCGGUGCUUUCCUCUACUAUUCCCAAACCAUGCUGGUGUUGUGGGACCCCAGCUACGCCACGCGCUUGUGGUGUGUCUUCGAGAUGGCUGCAUUUGCAUGGGCCCACAGGAAUGACCUGAAGAAUCGUGUGGAGAUCCGCCCGGUAAUAUUUGCACCGGUCUACUUUGGGCUCAUGGUGACCUCGGUCAUCAACUGGGCCUUGCUCACCAUGUUCCCCAGGACCCCGACGAUGAGCAUUACCGUCUGGCCGGCUCUGCAGUCCAUCAUUUGCAUCCUUGGGGUGCAUUUCUUGAGGUCUUUUCACAGAGACAUGACCAUCCUCCGACAGCAUCUGGCGGAGUUCCAGGCAGCAAAUGCCCAGUGCUACUGCUGUAGUGUGUCACAUCGGCUGCCUGAGACGGGUGAAAGGAUAGCUUGUGAUCGAGAGGUCAUCCAAGCAUGUAUUAUGACGUGGUUUGGCACCUUGACAGACUUCGACAGCUUCGUGCAAGCUGAGCUGGCUGGCUACUUCUGGCGGUCGCUUGGGCACUUCGGCUUGCCGUAUCGUUGGGUGCUGGGCUCACAGCUCCCUGUCCUCUGGGCUUAUAUGGACAUAGUGGCAGAUAGCAUCCAGGGUGGAGAUGUGUGGUACAUCUCCUCCAUGGUCAUCGAAGGACUAGCCAUGUGGCUUUGUGCGAGCCCUCUGGUUGUGGCUUUUGUGAUUUGGGUGACGAACCUCUUGCAGAGAAAGCGCAAGCUGGCCGUCUGCGACACGUUAGUGUCGCUUUGGGCAGCAUCACUCGCGCUCAUUCCCGUCGGGACGCUGACUUUCCUCUGGUACGUGUCCCGCUUCGCCAUCUCCCCCACGAACCCGCUUCCCGGCGCCAUCGUCUUCCUCAUUGUAACGGCAGAGGUGACAACGCUUACGUACAAGUGGGGGCGGUCAAACUGCUUUGCAUGUGGCUGA